AUGGCAGAGGAGGCAAAGCGAGGGGUCUUUCCCGAUUUGGUGAACAGUGGGGAGAUCCAUCUCAAUCUAACGAAAAUGUCUGCCUCCCCCGCCACCGUCCGCAUUCCCGAUAUCCUCUCUGCCAUGGAUGGCUUUGAGCUCCGCACUCACCCCGACGAACGCGAAGUCACCCGCGCCUCCAACGAGUGGUUCCACAGCUUCGGCAUGAUGCCAGGCCCACUCUUUGAAAAGUUCGUCAAGUGCGAGUUCGGUCUCAUGACCGGCAUGUCCUAUCCCGAUACCGAUGCCACUCGUCUUCGUAUCACCGCGGACUACAU